AUAAAGUGAGAUAAAAUAAAAAAAUGUUAUAUAUAUUUAUUUAUAUUGCAAAAUAUUUAAAAAGUUUAUAGGUUGUAAUAUGAUUAGUGAAGAAUUCAAAUUAUCACCAUUUAUCAUCUGCUUCCUGCGUGAUACACGUGGUGCAAAAAAUCAUGACAAGAUAUACAAGAGCAAAAGGGUCCAAAGCAUCAAAUGAACGCUUGCCCAAUGAUGCUACCCCAUGGCAUGUUAUGAAGCAGCAAUUAACUGAAAAUGAAAUAACAGAAAAAAAGGUAAAAACAGCGAAAGAACUUUUAAGUGAAAAACAAGAAUCUACUAAUGAUACAGCAGUUAAUACUUGGGCAAGUUUUGAUGAUAAAAAAUAUGAUGAAAAAGUCACUCAAGAUAUAGUGUCUAACAAAAUCAAAAAGAAAAAACAUAUUAACAGUGAAAAUAAAUCAAAAAUCCAAAUAGAAAAUAAUGUUAAUUUAGAUACAAAAGUAAUAGACAAUGAAAAUAAUACUUCACAAUCUCACCAAGUUUUAAGCAAGCGACAAAAACGUAAUAUGAAAAAGCAGAAUAAGAAUCUACAUGAUUCAACUAUUACAACUUCAACAAACGAGGAAAAAUCUAAAAUUAAUAAUACUAAUUUUCCUAAUGCAAAAUACAAUGACACUAAUUACCCUUCAAGGUUCAAUAAAAAUUAUACAAAUGGAAAUAAUUAUUUUAAUAGUAAAUUUAAUCAUUAUAAUGGUAAAAUGUUCAAACCAAAUAAUAAGAGGAAGGCCCCAAAAAUUAGAGAUGACAAAGAACAUAAAAGAAGAAAGCCUGAUUAUGGACCUAUAAAAAUGACACUUAAUGGAGUAGAAGUAGAGAUAGUCAAGUAUGAUGGAUUUCCAGUAAAAAAAGAAGAUGCAGAGAGAUUAAAAAAUUUACGAAAAAAAAUGGUAAUGCAAGGUAUACCAAAAUCAGAAAUUGAUAUUGCAAUGAAAUUGGAAAGAAGGAAAGCUGAAAAGGAAUUAGCACGUGCGAAAAAGCAUGUUUGCUUUCAUUGUCGUAAAUCUGGUCAUAAUUUAUCUGACUGUCCUGAACUUGCAAAUGAACAAUCUGGUACAGGAAUUUGUUUUAAGUGUGGUUCAACUGAACAUACUCAUUUUGAAUGUAAAGUAACUAAAGCUCCAGAGUACAGAUAUGCAACUUGCUUUAUAUGCCGUGAACAAGGACAUAUUUCUAAACAAUGUCCAGAUAAUCCUAGAGGAAUCUAUCCUGAUGGAGGAGCUUGCAAGAUUUGUGGGGAUGUUACACAUUUGAAAAAAGAUUGUCCAGAUUUGAUCAAAGAAAAAGAAGAAUCUGUAAUUACAGUAGAUAAAAUUACAGAUGGUACUUUAGAAUCUUUGGAUUCAAGUAUUGAGAAAAAUAAGAGUGAUAAAGAUAAAAAUAAUACAAAAAAUAAAAUUGUCAAAUUUUAAAUUUUGCAAUGAAAAUAUUAAAUUCUUUCAUAUGCUGU